AUGGACCGUCUGUCUUCUGAGCUCCUGCUUGUCGUGGUGUCCUUCUUGGACAUCAAAGACUUACUGCGGUUCCGCCUGGUGAAUAAGGCAUUUGCAGUAAUUGGGGCGCCCUACAUCCUUCCAGAGGUCGCCUUCUACCUUCACGACAAGGACCUCGCCAAACUCAAGGAGAUCGCUGCUCAUCCGGUCUUUGCUCGUAAUGUCAAAAAGCUCAUGUACAUUACGGACAAACUAAAGCCACGUGCCGACUCAUACGAGCGAUAUGUCCGUGAAUAUGAGACGACGAGGGCCAUGAUGCGCCUAAAUGAAGAAAAAGCUCUCCAUCGGUCGCAUCUGAUGAAUCUAUCGGACAUUCAACUGAAGCAGCACUACUCGAGAUACUUGGAGGAGAUUAAGGCGCAAAGGCUCAAUAUUCGAGAACGCCGUGAUUUUACCCACCUUGUGGAGGUGCUUCCCAGCUUUUGCAAUCUCCAAACAGUCACCGUGACGAGUGGGAAUCAGUUCAACGCGCGCCGCUGGAAACUCCCUUCGCCGUACAACGAUUGUGCCCAUGACCCACAUUACCACGACCCUCAGCAGGGAGUGAGGGAACUCGAAGCAAUGCUCGAGGCUUUGGCGAUUGCCAAUGUGAAGAUUGAAGAGCUGCAGGCUGGCUCAAUGAACUGGCAAUUCUUUGCCCAGGACUCGGAGCGCCUGUCUCAGCUUUUCGCCCCGUUGGCCAACCUGACGAGCAUUGAUCUUUGCUUGGAGCUGGAAACCGACGACGAUGGCAUUGCUGAGUUUGACGAACUCGAGUCCUGCCGCGACGUAUUGUGUCGGGGCAUGUUGAGGGAUCUUCUCAAGUCGAUGCCGGGAUUGAAAGAGUUCAGCAUUGUUUUAACCGGUGAAUUUGAUGAAGAGGAGGCCGUAGCAUCUCUAGACUGGGUCAUAGCACCUGGCUACCGGUGGCCACAGCUAAGUGGCAUUACACUCGAGGGCUUCGAUUGUACCAGGGCGGCUCUUUGGAAUUUCUUGGACCUGCACAAAGACAAUUUGACUUCCCUUUACCUUGGGGAUAUUGUCAUGCAUGGUUCCUGGCACAAGCUUCUCCCCGAUAUCCGCCACAACCUCAAUCUAGACGACGUGCUGAUAUAUGGGCGUAUCUAUGGCUAUACCGACGAAGGGGGCGAAACAGACGAAGGGUUUGGCCCCCUUGACACGUGGGACGAAGCAUGGAACUUGAGCGUACCCGAGGCUUACCCAGACGACAUGAGAUCAUCCAUUAGUCGUUACUGCGAAUGCAACGGCAAUAAUUAUCCCGAUGAGAUACCGCUUGAUGGUGCCACAGUCGCAAAGUAUUUUGAAAGUCACGUUAGAAGAGAGGGCAUGCUAUCUCAAGCAGAGGACGAUGAAUUGAUGGAAAAGGAGCAAGUGAAAUUUCACGAGAAAUAUGCGGAAGAGUUUGAGUGGUUUAAACGCAAUGCGCGUCACGAAAUCAGUGACGGUUCGCAGGACGAGGAGGACGUUGACGAAGAAGAAGAGGAGGACGAGGAGGACGAGGAGGAGGAUAAUGAUGAAGACGAGGACGAGGGUGAGGACGACGUUGAUGGAGAAGAUGAAGAAGAAGAAGAUGGAGAUAGCGGCAGCGACAACAGCGUGGAUUAA